ACAACUACCCGCCCGGCUUCAGCUACGCCGACUUCGGGCCGCAGUUCACGGCGCGCUUCUUCCGCCCGGAAGAGUGGGCCGACCUCUUCCAGGCCGCGGGGGCCAAGUAUGUUGUCCUGACGACAAAGCAUCAUGAAGGCUUCACAAACUGGCCAAGUGUUGUGUCUUGGAAUUGGAACUCAAAGGAUGUCGGGCCCCACCGGGAUUUGGUUGGUGAACUGGGAACCGCUGUCCGAAAGAGGAAGAUACGUUAUGGACUCUACCACUCCCUCUUAGAAUGGUUCCACCCACUCUAUCUCCUUGAUAAGAAAAGUGGCUUCAAUACACAGCAUUUUGUCAGAACAAAAACAAUGCCAGAGCUGUAUGACCUUGUUAACAGAUAUAAGCCUGAUCUGAUCUGGUCUGAUGGGGACUGGGAAAGUCCUGAUACUUACUGGAACUCCACAGAUUUUCUUGCUUGGCUCUAUAAUGAUAGCCCUGUCAAGGAUGAGGUGGUAGUAAAUGACCGAUGGGGUAAGAACUGUUCCUGUCACCAUGGAGGAUACUAUAACUGUGAAGAUAAAUUCAAGCCACAGAGCUUGCCAGAACACAAGUGGGAGAUGUGCACCAGCAUUGACAAGCUAUCCUGGGGCUAUCGUCGUGACAUGACAAUGUCUAACAUUGCAGAAGAAUCUGAAAUCAUUUCGGAACUGGUUCAGACAGUAAGUUUGGGAGGCAACUAUCUUCUGAACAUUGGACCAACUAAAGAUGGACUGAUCGUUCCCAUCUUCCAAGAAAGGCUUCUUGCAGUUGGGAAGUGGCUGAGCAUCAAUGGGGAGGCCAUUUAUGCCUCCAAACCAUGGCGGGUGCAACUGGAAAAGAAUGCAACAUCUGUAUGGUAUACCUCAAAAGGAUCAGCUGUUUAUGCCAUUUUUCUGCACUGGCCAGAAAAUGGAGUUUUAAACCUCGAGUCUCCCAUAACUACUUCGACUACAAAGGUAACACUGCUGGGAAUCCAAGAAGAUCUGAAGUGGUCUCCAGGUCCUGAUAAAGGGCUCCUCGUCUCUCUGCCCCAGUUGCCACCCUCCGCUGUCCCAGAAGAGUUUGCUUGGACUAUAAAACUGACAGAAGUGAAGUGAUCGUUUGAGUUCAAGAAGAAAGGGACACUACCUGCUUUUGGCUGCUUCAAUUUUCCUCUUAUGGUACAAUCACUAUAAUAAACUAAUUCUUUUCCCCACCUGGAGAUGGCUUUUCCAACACAUUUUAAUCAAAGGAACUGAGUACAGCACUGACUUCUUAGUAGGCCAAACAUCUGAGAUCCAUUGCUAGUAUAUCUCUAAGUCAGCAAAAGCAGGGACUGAACACUUAAACACUGAGUUCAUCCAUUCUUAUAUUGGGGCAUUGCCUAUAAUAGAGCCUUCCCUCUCGUCUCUGUGUGUGAUAACCUUCUUGCUUACUCCGUGACUUUAGAUCAAGAAUAAGCCAAGUCACCCUGUUGCUUAUGAGAGGAAGUGGAAAGGAUUUGGCAAACUCAACCACAUGCUAUUUACUUAGCAUCAGUUGUCACCAACACUCUUCCCCAAAGGGCCAGAGAGCUUGGAGGGGAAGGAGAUGGCCCACCAGGCUGCUCAUGGUCAGCUCUUCAGAAGUUUCCAAAGCAAAUUAAGAACUCCGAAAUUCAGUAUGUUUACAGCAACAUUAUGAAGAAAAUUAAUGUGAUUCUGCUUUGUCUUUUUAAAUGUGAUCAAAUAAAUAAAUUUGUAUAUCAAAUCAUUUCUACCAAAAAA